AUGGCUAUAGUACUGGUGUACGUUGAUGAUCUAAUCUUAACCGGAGAUCUCACUGAAGAAAUCCAGUGCACAAAAGAAAAUCUUUCAAUCCGGUUCCAGAUGAAGGAGCUUGGAGAGUUGAAGCAUUUUCUGGGGCUCGAAGUCGAGAAGACAAAGGAUGGUAUAUUCCUAUGUCAACAAAAAUAUGCAAAGGAUCUUCUAGAAACAUACGGGAUGCUGGAGUGCAAACCACUAUCUACACCAAUGGAGCCAAACAUUAAGCUUCGUGCAGGAGAGGGGAAAGAUUUGGAAGAUCCAAGGAUGUAUCGACAAUUGGUAGGUAGUCUUAUCUAUCUAACUCUUACUCGACCUGACUUGGCAUAUGCAGUUGGAGUAGCAAGCCGUGAAGGAUGCCAAGUAACUGGAUACUGUGACGCUGAUUACGCUGGAGACUGUGAUACAAGGCGAUCGACUACAGGAUACAUCUUCAGUCUAGGAUCUGGAGCAGUGUCAUGGUGCAGUAAGAGGCAACCUACCGUAUCUCUCUCCACCACCGAAGCUGAGUAUAGAGCAGCGGCUAUGGCAGCACAAGAAAGCACGUGGUUGAUGCAAUUACUAAAAGAUCUUCAUCAACCGAUUGAACAGGUAAUGCUUCAUUGUGAUAACAUGUCAGCAGUGUGUGUAGCAGAAAAUCCAAUGUAUCAUGCUAGAACCAAGCAUAUUGAGGUGCACUACCACUUCCUAAGAGAAAAAGUGCUGCAAGGUGAAAUCCAUAUGAAGCUGACGCCCACAGAAGAACAAGUUGCUGAUAUCUUCACUAAAGGCCUUAGCACAAAGAAAUUUGAAGAUUUACGUGCACAACUAGGGAUACUCAAGAAAGCAUCAAUGCAAGAGAAAACGAUGCUGAAGGGGAGUGAUAAGGAGCAGCACCUAGAAUGUUCUUGA